GGGUGCCGCAACGGCUGAGUUGUCAAAAACGGAAGAUUCAAUGGAAAUCAGCAAGGCUGUAAGAAACUUCUAAUUUUUACCUACAAAUCCCCAACAUUCCUCCAGCACGAUGGCUGGAUCAGCUCUACGGCGCCUUAUGGCAGAAUAUAAACAGUUGACCCUUAAUCCACCUGAAGGAAUAGUCGCAGGCCCAAUAAGUGAGGAUAAUUUCUUUGAAUGGGAAGCUCUAAUAACUGGUCCUGAGGGGACAUGCUUCGAGGGUGGUGUCUUUCCUGCCAAACUCAUCUUUCCGCCUGACUACCCCCUGAGCCCGCCCAAAAUGAAAUUCACCUGCGAGAUGUUCCAUCCCAAUAUAUUUGCCGAUGGGAGAGUGUGCAUCUCGAUCCUACAUGCCCCAGGAGAUGAUCCGAUGGGGUAUGAAUUGUCAGCUGAGCGAUGGAGCCCGGUGCAGAGUGUGGAGAAAAUACUCCUGAGUGUCGUGUCUAUGUUGGCCGAGCCAAAUGAUGAGUCUGGCGCCAAUGUGGAUGCAGCAAUAAUGUGGCGAGAGAAUCGUGAGGAGUUCAACAAUAUUGCCACAAAAAUUGUUCGGAAAACUCUCGGACUGCCCUCAUAAACCUGGACUGAUUUUUCUCCUCUUUCAGUUAAAAAAAAACAAUCCCAUUCUUACGAACCCCAAUGUCCCGAUGUCCCGAUGAGUUUACGUUCAGUCGCAAAAUCCAGUUAGUUUAUUUACCUACUAAAUUUAUGAAUUUUCUGCAAUUUUAUGUCCAACAAAUUAAAAAAUAAAAUUUUUCCCAGUUAAAUCCUUUAAGUAAAAAAAAAAAGUGAAGAAAUAGUCCCCAAGAAGUACUGAAUAAUUAUAUAUUUAUUUUUUUUUGCACAAGAUUAACUUUCAACACUUUUAUAUAGAAUAAUCUUACAUUGAUUUAGAAAUUAAUGCAAGGAGAAACAACACAGUGACGCAUAAGAAAUCAUUUAAUAUGCAAGAAGAUAAAAUAGUAGAAAAGUGAGAGAAAGUGAUGAAGACAUGAAGUAAAUAAAAAUGUUUAUUAAUUACCAAGAAAUUA